AUGAUUAUAAGAAUAGGGUUUAUUAUUGGAAUGUUUAUAUCAUACAAUAAGAUAUACUGUAGAGUGGGAUGCAAUAGCUAUAUAUCAAUACAUAAUACUAUAAUAAAAGAUGAAAUGAAAAUUCGCAUAGAGGGGCCUGUAUAUCCUGUACGGGCAUUUCUUUCUGAAAAGUGCGAUUUAAUGCAUUCAAUGAGGCUUUUUUCACCAAAAGUAAAUAUAAAUUACAGCCUAUGCGUUACUAUUAAUAGAGAAGGAAACAUGGUAAUUUCUUUCAAAAGAAAUUAUAAUAUGGACACGCCAUAUGAUACUCAAAUGCCCGAUAAAGAAGAUAUAAUGGGGAUAGGAAUAGAAGAAAUAGAAGAAGGGAAGAAAAAUACAACAUAUUCUGUAGAUUACCACCGAACAUUGAUAGAGUUAUUUCCUUCUUCAACUGGUGAUUUGUCAAUACAUACUUCUAGAAAAGAUUCAUUUAUUAGAUUUCUUGAGUUAGAACAUGUAUGUAAGCAUAAAAUUGAUAUUUUAGCUUGUUUAUUUUUAUUGGCAGAAGGAGUGGAUAUACCACUGAAUGUAGAAGGUAGUAAAAACAGCCUGACACUAGUAUUGAAAGAGAUUAUAGCAAAACCUAAGAUGAAAAAUAAAACAGAGAAUCCGAAUGAGGGUACUUCUGAUAACUUUAAUAAGAUUAAAAAAGAGGCAAAUAAAUUCUCUCUAAGCAUGAAAGAUCUGCGGAGUGAGAAAAAAGCAAAUGAAAAAAGAAAGAAAAAGGCAGUACCACAAGAAAGGGCAGCAGAUGUUAUAAACUUCUUUAUAAACAACAAAACAAACCCAGAUAUACGAGAAGGGGGUAAAUACGCAGAGCCAAGAACAUAUGAAGAGUUUAAAACCGGAAAGUUUUUAAACAAUGCAAGGUGGCUAAUACAGUAUUAUAUAUUCGAGUACUUGGAUAGUGAAGAAAAAAUAAUUGAGUUUGCAAAGACAGUGUAUUCUAUGCUUAAAGAGUGUAUAGAACAGAAAAAGAGUGAAGAAUCAAACAACGAAGUGAAAUAUCUUGAAAGCAUUGUUGACAAGUGCUUUGUGAAAUCCAAUGAUGAUGUAGAUAGUGAUUGGAGAACAUGUGUAUUAAAUUUUUUGUAUGGUGAUACAUCUUUAGAAAGAGUAUUUCCGUUUUCUAGCAACAUGCAUGUGCCAAUAUAUCGAUGUGUUCCAUCUUAUAAUAGAAAAGAAAAUAAAAUUGACUAUGCCAAAAGGUACAGUAAUUGUGUUGAGACUGGAUUAUUUGGCUUGUUUUGUUGUUUGGCAUAUGAUCCAGAGACCAAAGAAUACACUACCAUGCACAUGGGGGAUGUAUCACCAGACUUAAAAAGGUUUUUUGCUAUGCUCAAUAAGCCAUUCAAGACUGAUACGUAUGAGAUGCAUAGGGAGUGGAGCAAAGUAGUGGCUGAUCUAGAGAAUGAAAAUAUUAGAUAUCUAAAAGAAAAUAGGAAUGAGCUUGCUCCUGGCAUAAUAAAUAUGCUAUAUGUUAUUGCUGAAAUAACUGGAAGGUAUUCGAAAGAAGAAAAGUCUCUUAAAGAGCUCAGCACUCUGCUAGAAGAAGGAGGUGAUGAAAAUCAGAGUGAAUUAUUUACAAAAGUAGAGCUAUACACAGAAAAAUUAAUUCUAUCACUCUCUAAGAAAUGCAUUCCAGAAGAACAAGCUCCCUCGGAAUUAAACAGCGCUUCAAAUGUUAAUAAUAGCGAGAAUAAACCAAAUGGGCUAGUAAGCAGAAAGAUAGAAUUUGACUUUUUAAAUAUGCAUAAAACCCUCAGCAUGGAUAGGAGAUUUGAUGUAUUUGGAGAAAUAUUUAUACUAUAUAGUUUUUCUAUGUUGAAAGGUGGUAUAAAAUUAGGCCAUUCUGCUAAACACUUAUUUAUUAAAUCUUUCCCAGAACAAGCUGCCACCUUAACCAGCUCUAGAAAAGAUACUAUAAAUAAUAUAAUUGAAUUUAUUAAAAGAAAUGGCAGUAACACUUUAACAGAUUAUAUGUUUUUGCAUUGUGCUGAAAAAGCAGUAGAUAACAAAGGAGCCGAAAGAACAUCAAAAACCCCACAUCCAGAAAAUAUAAGAAUAGCAGACGAAAAAAAAGAUUCUUACCCAAUAGAAAAGACUUUUUUAUAUAAUGCAUUUAAAAAUUCAGAUUAUUCUAAUGACAUGAUACCUUAUCUGAGACUUUGCUUUUUAGAAUGUGAUUUGAAAAAAACUGAUCCAUGGGUGCGAGUUAUUUCUAAUAUUAUAGGAAGCCUUCCACUGAAUGAUGAAAAUGCGGUGCGUAAAUUGUUUUUUAAUCCAGUAUAUAGCCAAGUAUACAAAAACUAUUGUGACAAAGUCAAUAUAUCUCUAGAAACUCUUAAUAAUCACCUCUGCGUAGACGAGUCAUCAUAUGAUUACUAUCAGUAUAUAAAAAACAGCAGCUCGCUGAAAGGGCAUUUAAAGCUUAUAAAGAUGUAUCUUGUCUCUGGAAAACCCGCAGAGCAGUUUUUUUCUAGUGUAAUAGAAAGAUUUGUACUAAAAACAAUGGAAAAUCUUCUUUCUAUAUUAUCGUAUAAUGGCACAUCUAUAGCCCCUCUAUUGGAAAUUGAAGAGUUUCUAAAUAAGCUGGAUAGAACCAUCCCUGGGUAUGAAACCUGCCUAACGGCUAAUAAUAUGCGGAUAUUUUGGCUUAAAAUAUCCUUGAAAUUUGAUAAAUUCAAUUAUGUUAACAAAAUGCUCUCAGAUAAAAUUCUUAUUGAUAAAAAUUCAAUUGCUAUUGAUAAUAUACACUAG